AUGUACUCGACUCCCGAGGAGAUUAAUACCGCCGUCGCGGCCUAUAGAUCCCACAUCUCGAACCAUAAUCGUCGGGUCAUCGAAGUUUACGUAUCUCUGGUCGCCGACGCAGAUCUCGAAGAAGGGGAUGACGAGGAGUAUGAUGAGGGUAACGAAGACAUCAACGACCUGCGAAUACAAAGCCUAUGGCCCAUGUUUGACACACGGCUUGGGACUUUCGUCUCUACACCAGCUCAAAUCCUCACCCGCUGGGACGAACUAUGCUCCAUCUACGAUAUGGACGGGACAGGCGGUGGUGUGCCUUCCGAAGAGGAGAAAGCUCAUCUCGAGGACUACUUCCUAGCAAUGGAAAAGGGCUUGAAGAGGUCAUGUCGGGAGGAGGUACGGGAGACAGUUAAAUUUCCAGAAGAGUUCCGCCUCCUGGCAAAACAAGUCGGCGCCCUUACAGGGCCCGGCAUGACGGAACAUAAGUCGCGGUACCAAGCUUCGUUUUGGACCGGGCCAUAUAUCCAGUUCACUACCGAGACUGAGAAGUAUCUUCUUGACACAAUCAAGAGUCCAGAGUGGCUGGAGGAGCACGUUGCCAGUUGUUGGGACUUUGCCGCGGGCUGGGAAUCGGGCGCUGGCUAUGACUGUUGGUCCUACGUUGUCUACUGCCGGAGGGCUGCCGAGAAUGACGAAGCCAGUGCUUCCCCCGAGCCAUGGGCCUGGAGGUACAUGCUGAAUGAUAUCUAUGGCGAAGAAGUUUUCGACACCAUUCCAGAUUUGUUGGCGUGGUAUUGCCGUUACCGUGAGAGGUCAUUGCCUGAUGCGUCUAGCAUGACGGGAUAUGAGAUUCUGACUGGCAAAAUCCUCAGUUAA